UUCCCGCACCCGAGAUCAACCACCUGCCUCCAUUGAACCCCAACCUCUCAUCAUCUAACUUAACUUGGUUCAAAUCACUAUACUCGUUCAAAAGCCUUUGAGUCAAAUCAAGCUUCGUGCAUACCUAAAGCACUCUACGCCACUGAUGUUCGGUUAUCAUCGCGCGCCAGACACUCAGCAUGAACCGGCAAUUGACACCAAAUCUUGUAUCCUUCUUCACUCGGGCUCUGGAGUCAUUCCAGCUUUCCAAUGCAAGCUUUAGUGUGCUAUGCUCGCUACCAUCUCUAACGGAGCCGGCGCCGCGGCCGCCUCAAAAAGUACCGCAGAUGCUAUUAGUACUUGAUUCCUCUUUCAAUCCGCCAACACUUGCUCAUCAACGCAUGGCUGUUUCAGCAUUAAAGGAAGAGAGACACGCGAAAGGCUCGAGGGUGUUACUACUCCUGGCAAUCAACAACGCAGAUAAAGCGCCAAAGCCCGCUACGUUUCCACAGAGGCUGGCUAUGAUGUACGUCUUUGCCUUGGAUUUGAUUACUGCUUUGAAUGCCUCAGGUACAGGAACAGAGGUGGACCUGGCUGUCACGACGGAACCGUAUUUCCCUUUCAAAAGCCAAGCAAUUACAGCAAGCGGUUUCUAUGGUGGAGAGGACGCGACUAUGGAGCAGGUGUAUCUAACGGGAUUCGAUACGCUGAUCCGCGUAUUUGACCCCAAGUACUACCCAAAUGAUUCGAUGAGGCAGGCUCUGGAUCCUUUCUUGUCACACUCGAGCCUUCGUGUCACAAUGCGGACAGACGCCGAUUGGGGUAGUGCUGAGGAACAGUUGGCGUACCUGGAAGACUUGAAGCAUGGCAAAAUGGAGGCUAUUGGUGGUAGGAAGGAGUGGGCUGCAAAAGUCGAGAUGGUGGAAGGAAGAAAAGAAUCUGAGGAAGUCAUCAGCAGUACAAAAGUCCGAGAUGCUGUGCAGACUGGGAACUGGGGCAGGCUCAGAGAGCUGGUAAGCGACAGUGUUGCAGAUUGGGUGCGGGAAGAAAGGCUGUAUCGUAAUGACACGAGUUAGACGAAAUCGAAUUCUGUCUCCAAAAUCAACCUUGUUAGGCUAAUCUUAAGGUGGUUGAGCUAUUCCAAUGGUUGGUCCUGCAUCAUGCAAAGUUGCAUUAUGGUGCGAAUGGCACAGCCUUCUUUCAAAUUCCUUGAAACCCCUUAAUAACAUGCGUUUAACUGCCA